AUGGUUUCUUACACCGCUCUCCUCUUCUCGUUACUUUGUGGGGCCCCCAGCGUUUUGGGUAUGCGAGCGGCGGGCCGGGGAUGUGCUACGACGAUCAGCGAGGCGCAGCUGGCAGCGAGUGCGCAACAUUUCUCUACCCACCGCAAGCAAGCGCCGACUGGACUCCUCAAGGCGAAACCACUCGACGUAUACUUCCAUAUCAUAUACAAGAACGAAACCCUGGAAGGGGGAUUUAUUCCAGAGUCUUUCAUCACUGACCAGAUGAAGGUCCUGAACGACGACUUCGCGAAGACCGGUUUGAGUUUCGGUGUGAAGAAUAUGUCGCGUAUACAUCACCCACAAUGGUUCAGCGAAUUGAAUCCGUACGAGAACGAAUAUAUGGACGUUGAGAUGAAGAGGCGGUAUCGCCAGAGUGGGGCCGCUGACCUCAACAUCUUUACUGUCGGUUUCGAGCGUGAAGCAGAGAUGUAUGGCUACGCCACAUUCCCCUUCAACUAUGCCGACAAUCCGACAUAUGACGGCAUUGUCCUCCUCUACUCGUCCAUGCCCGGAGGGAGCACAGUCAACUUCAACCUCGGCCGGACGUUAACGCACGAGACAGGCCACUGGGUGGGUCUCUACCACACCUUCCAAGGCGGAUGUACUGGCACCUUCCACGACGAGGUGGAAGACACGCCGCGUGAAGCCCGAGGUGCUGUUGGCUGCCCCAUCGGCCAGGAUAGUUGCCCUGGAGGCGGAGUUGACCCGAUUCACAAUUUUAUGGACUACUCGGACGACGCGUGUAUGACGCACUUCACCCCCGGACAAAUUACGCGUCUCAAAGAUCAGAUUGCGACCUAUCGUCAGAUUGUCGUUGACGUUGAUGCAUAG